AUGUUCCAGCUCAAGAAACUUCUUGUUCUGGCUCUCCCAGCCUUGGCUCUCGCCGAAGAGGCCUUCUCUCCUCUCAAGCGCCAGAUUGUAGAGAUCCCGUGCAGCGAGUCUGGCCGGAAAGACUGCGGCGAUGGCUGCAUUCCCUUGACCUACACUUGCUGCCCAGACCAGCAGGGCGGUUGCCCCUUGACGUCCACGUGCUGGCUCGGUAACAACGGCCAGUAUGCGUGCUGCCCGAUCGGCAAGCAAUGUGUCGGCCCGGGCGGUGUCAACACGGAACCCGGCUCGACGGUGACGUCUACCCUCUUCUUCACGGAGUCGAUUCCGGACGAGAAGACUUCCACGUCCUUCUUCGCGUCGACCUCUACCGCGACUUUCACCCUCACUUCCGAAAUCGGGAGCACCUCAGCAGAGACUUCUCUUGUGCCUAAACCGACCACUCCUCUUCCGGCACCUCCGGUUGUUUCCAACACGCCGACGACGACUGCUACACUGCCGACGAUCACCGCGAAUAGUACCACGGCCCGGUCGCCCCCGGUCACGGUGAACGCAGCGAACACCCACGGUGGCUCGAUCCUUCAGGCAAUGGCUGCUGGUGCCGUAGCCUUGCUUGCUCUUUGA